CAAGCAACUAUACUUGAAAUCACUAAUUAUUGAAUAGCUCAUGUUUCUUUGUCUAAACUUAUAUAGAACAUUUAUAAAAUAUUUACCAUGGGUUAACACUUAAACAGUGAAGGUGAUGUCUGUAUUUGUAUCCCAUGACUUCAUCUUACGAAGAUCACUAUUAUUUUUCUGGUUCAAUUCAAGCAACUGUGCAAGCAAUCUUUAAUUAUUUAAGUGUUAAUGCGUCUUUUAUUAUAGUUUGUAUAGAACUUUUUAAGCACCGAUCAACUGGUAUUAAAAAUAUUUAGAAUGAGUUCACGGUUUUACUUUUAUAUUUUGGGGCAACAGUUUGAAUUUUUCUUCUUAUUAAAAGGAUAGGUGAUAUCUGUAUCCGUGCAGAUUUUGAAUAAUUAGAGAAGUUGAAUUAGUUUAUACACAGCCCAUUGAAAAUAGAUAAGAACUGAAAUGGCAAAUAUCCUAACUAUUAAUAAACAGCCAGUUCACUGAAUCAACAUCGGUAGAAACCUGUUUUAAGUCUAAACCCACCAUUCAAAAAACCAGUAUUUUAGAUUCCGAGGGCCGUGAAAGCUCCCCUUGUUUUUCUCUAGCUAGCAUUAGGAUAACAAAAUUUCUAGACUUUUUCUAAGGCUAUAAAGCUUGGUGUUUAAUUAUGCUAUAUUACCUCAAGAAGUUUACUACAUAAUUUUCAACUGCUGCAUUUGGAAAUGGUUGUGCUGAGCGAGGGUCUUACACAAAUUCUAAUACCUGUGACUGCGUUUAUUGGAAUUGGGUUUGCUUUGCUUCAAUGGCUUUUGGUGUCAAGGGUCAGAGUCUCUUCUGCUGAUCACACGGAAGCAGACAACGGAUAUAGAAAAAGCUUAAUGGGAGAUUCAGAGUUGGAGAAUGGUGUUCAGAGUGUUGAAGUUACCAAUAAGUGUACUGAAAUCCAGCAUGCCAUUUCUGUUGGAGCUACUUCAUUUUUGUUUACCGAGUAUAAGUACCUGACUAUCUUCAUGGGAGUGUUUGGUGCAAUAAUUUUCGUCUUUCUGGGAUCUGUGAAGGGCUUUAGUACACAAAGUGAACCUUGCACUUACAAUGAAGGCAAUAUUUGUAAACCAGCACUUGCUAAUGCCAUCUUUAGCACCGUUGCAUUCUUGCUUGGUGCUCUAACCUCUGUCCUUUCUGGCUUUCUUGGAAUGAAGAUUGCGACCUAUGCCAAUGCUAGAACUACUCUUGAAGCAAGGAAAGGAAUAGGAAAGGCUUUUGUUAUUGCUUUCCGGUCUGGUGCAGUGAUGGGCUUUCUUCUUUCUGCAAAUGGCCUGUUGGUGCUAUACAUCACCAUCAAUUUAUUUAAACUGUAUUAUGGAGAUGACUGGGAGGGACUUUACGAGUCUAUCACCGGCUAUGGCCUUGGAGGUUCAUCAAUGGCACUCUUUGGAAGAGUUGGAGGUGGCAUAUACACCAAAGCAGCUGAUGUUGGUGCUGACCUGGUGGGGAAAGUUGAACACAAUAUCCCUGAAGAUGAUCCGCGCAACCCAGCUGUUAUUGCAGACAACGUAGGAGACAAUGUUGGAGAUAUCGCUGGGAUGGGUUCAGACUUAUUUGGGUCUUAUGCAGAAUCAUCAUGUGCAGCUUUAUUUGUAGCAUCCAUAUCAUCGUUUGGAACAAAUCAUGAUCACACAGCCAUGUCAUAUCCUCUCAUCAUAAGCUCCAUGGGAAUUGUGGUUUGCUUGAUUACGACUCUUUUUGCAACUGAUCUGUUUGAAAUUAAAAACGUGAGCCAAAUAGAACCAUCCUUGAAAAGACAGCUUCUUAUCUCAACUAUAUUAAUGACUGCUGGUAUUGCCAUAGUCAGCUUCACUGCCUUACCAUCAGAAUUUACCCUCUAUAACUUUGGAGCCAAAAAGGUUGUCAAAAACUGGCACCUUUUCUUCUGUGUUGCUAUUGGCUUAUGGGCUGGACUUGCAAUUGGGUACAUUACAGAGUACUACACUAGCAAUGCUUACAGCCCAGUUCAAGAUGUGGCAGAUUCCUGCAGAACUGGAGCUUCAACAAAUGUGAUUUUUGGAUUGGCACUGGGAUAUAAAUCAGUCAUUAUUCCCGUAUUUGCUAUUGCUAUUGCUAUUUAUGUAAGCUUCAGCCUGGCCGCUAUGUAUGGAAUUGCUGUUGCUGCACUUGGAAUGCUCAGUACCAUGGCCACUAGUCUUGCCAUCGAUGCUUAUGGUCCAAUCAGUGAUAAUGCUGGGGGUAUUGCUGAAAUGGCUGGAAUGAGACAUGAGAUACGCGAAAGAACUGAUGCUCUCGAUGCUGCUGGAAACACCACAGCCGCUAUAGGGAAGGGUUUUGCUAUUGGAUCAGCUGCACUUGUGUCUCUUGCAUUGUUUGGUGCUUAUGUGAGCAGAGCAGGCAUCAAAACAGUGAAUGUGAUGACCCCAAAAGUUUUUAUAGGUUUGAUUGUGGGAGCAAUGCUUCCCUACUGGUUUUCAGCCAUGACAAUGAAGAGUGUCGGGAGUGCAGCUCUCAAAAUGGUUGAAGAAGUUCGUAGGCAAUUCAAUACCAUUCCCGGUCUUUUAGAAGGAAGAGCAAAACCCGAUUAUGCAAAUUGUGUAAAAAUUUCCACUGACGCCUCACUUAAGGAGAUGAUCCCUCCUGGUGCAUUGGUUUUGCUUACGCCACUUAUUGCCGGAACAUUCUUUGGGGUAGAGACUCUUGCUGGGGUUCUUGCUGGUUCACUCAUUUCCGGUGUGCAGGUGGCAAUUUCAGCUUCAAACACUGGUGGUGCAUGGGAUAACGCCAAGAAAUACAUAGAGGCUGGUACUACCCCACAUGCUGUAUCACUUGGUCCAAAAGGCUCUGAUGCUCACAAAGCAGCUGUCAUAGGUGACACUGUUGGAGACCCUCUUAAAGAUACUUCGGGUCCCUCACUUAACAUUUUGAUCAAGCUCAUGGCAGUUGAAUCAUUGGUAUUUGCUCCAUUCUUUGCAGCUCAUGGAGGCUUAAUCUUUAAAUUACUCUGAUCUGGAGCUUUUCAUGCAAUCAUCUAAAUCCGAUUAUGCAUUACCUUCAACAGCAUCUAAUGGAGCUGUGAGAUUGAUUGUGCUUGCUUAUGUGAUUAGUAGUCUAGCAAAAAAUACAUGGUUUGCUUUGAUUUCACCAAUGUUAUGCCAGUUAUUAUCUGGAAUAAAAUUACAUGAUGUAGAUUAUGCAAGUUGAGAGUAGGAUCCCAUCGUUAAUUAUGGGAAUAGUAAUUUUCUUUGAUUUCACCAAUUUUAUUCCAGUGGAAUAAGAUUACUUAAUGUAGAUUAUGCAAGUUGGGAGUAGUAUCUCAUUGUUGAUUAUUAA